GGGAGGUACGCCAUCUGGAAUAUGGAUGAAAUCCCAAAAAUACCCUCAUGGCUUGUCAAAUAAAGCGGUGAGAAAGUAAGUGCAGAAUUGGGAAUCAUAUAAAAAAAAAAAGACACGUGUACCCCGCGUGAACCCAGAUGACCGCCUCUAUUGUUUUUCCACCGUAAUAAUUCCUUCAUUCAUAUAAAACCUUCUCCCGCUUUCUGGAAUUUUUCUGACUCUUUUAUUAUAAACCCAAAUACCAGCUUCAAUUUUUAUCCAGCUUUCCUUAUUCUUUACACAAAUCUGCUGUUAUACAAUUCUAUUAUCUUUGAUUCAUCGAUUGAUUGAUUUAUUAAAAUUAAUAAAGAAGCGUGAUUUAGGGUUUUGUAUUUUGCAAUUCAAUUUACUAGCAAGUCGGAUUAUCACUAUUGAUGGUAUAGAGCGACAUGGGUGCUGACGCUGAAGUUGUUUGUCCUCAAAUUGUUCCUAGUCUCGACGCCGUUCUCGCCUGUUCUCAACUUGAUAAAAAGACCCCGGAUGCAGUGGCAGACGGUUCUCUUUCUUCUACCAUGCAGCAGUUUGUACCAAUUAUCCGCUCUGGAAGCUUUACUGACAUUGGACCGCGCAGAUUCAUGGAAGAUGAACAUAUAAGGAUUGAUGAUCUUUGUAUGCAUUUGGGUUCAAUGUUUACAUGUCCCAAGCCUAGUGCUUUUUAUGGGGUUUUUGAUGGUCAUGGAGGACCUGAAGCAGCAGCUUAUGUCCGCAAUAAUGUCAAUAGAUUCUUUUUUGAAGAUGUCAAUUUCCCCGAAGCCUCUGAAUUGAAUGACAUAUUUCUUCAAGGAGUGGAGAAUUGCCUUCGCCAAGCCUUUCUUCUGGCAGAUCUAGCCCUUUCUGAUGAUUGCAGCAUCAGUACUUCUUCAGGAACAACUGCUCUUACAGCUUUGAUACUGGGAAGGCUCUUGCUGGUUGCAAAUGCUGGUGAUUGUCGAGCUGUCCUUUGUCGGAAAGGAGAGGCCAUUGAUAUGUCUCAAGACCACAGGCCUACAUAUCCAUCAGAGAAGAGGAGAGUUGAAGAAUUAGGGGGUUACAUAGACGAUGGAUAUCUGAAUGGAGUUUUAUCAGUGACUAGGGCUCUGGGGGACUGGGACAUGAAACUUCCCAAGGGUUCAGCCUCACCCCUCAUUGCCGAUCCGGAACUGAGACAAAUUAUUUUGACCGAAGAUGACGAGUUCCUCAUAAUUGGAUGUGAUGGAAUCUGGGAUGUAUUGUCAAGCCAACAAGCAGUCAGCAUCGUGCGUCGUGGAUUAAGGCGGCAUGAUGACCCAGAACUAUGUGCAAAGGAGCUGGUCAGAGAGGCUUUGAGGCUCCACACCUUUGACAAUCUCACUGUCAUAGUUGUGUGCUUUUCAUCUUUCGAUCACCAGAGAGAACAAUCAGGGUCCAGGCCUCGGAGAUUCCGGUGCAGCCUCUCAGCAGAGGCCUUGUCUACUCUGAAUAGCUUGCUGGAGACCAAUGACAGUCACUGAUUCAUUUUUAAGAGUGUAAAUAUGAUCUGUUUAGAAGUCGGUGUGCUCAAUGUACUGUGCGUGAUUGAUGGAGAUAAUCAAUGUUACUGUUUUAAGCUGCUUCAGUAGGACUUGUUAGAAAAAGCGGCUUGCAGUUUUGUUAGGGGAUUUUUCUUUUGAUGGUAGACUAUUUAACUGCUGUGUAUCGGGCUAUUGUUGGCAGGACAGGUUGAUGUGAAUAUAAUUGAAGGGAUUGAAGGUGUUUGGAGGUGUAUAAACAAUGCUCUAUUCUUUCAGUAUUCAGUGAUUGCAUUUGUGUUUUUAAUUCAU